GUUGUAAUCUCUUGCAGAAGUUGCAGAGCUGAGGAGUUUCCCCGAGUAGACCUACACUCACGCGAUGUUGUACCAGAUUUUUUUUGCACUUGGUGCCCUGAUCGCCUUAUUGCUGGUCCUUAUCUGUAUUUUUGCGCUAUAUAUAGCUCAUUUAAGGCGCAAAUUUGGCCACAUACCAUCUGCGCCACUGACGAGGUGAGAUGUUUAUUUUGUUCAACUUACAUCUCUUAUUUCCACUUCUGGCUAAACCUGCCCUCUUAAUUAUGACUGUAUCUUAUGGAUAAUUUACUCAUCGGGUAUCAUAUGUCUUCGUAUACCGUUCGUGGCAAAUUUGUGCGUGUACAACGUUGAAAGGCCUGCAUCAGUAACAGUUAGGAACUUUAUGUGACAGUCUUAAGAAGGACACAAAGAUUUGGGAACCAAUGUAACCCCUGCUUAGAAUGUAUGUUGCAAGAACAAUUGGCGAACCGUUGCACACAAAUUGAAUCGCAUAAAGUAAAGGUAGCUCCUUUGAUAAUUGGCGAAAUUAUAAUUUUGAGAAAGAACUGGGUGUAUUAAAUACUAAUGCACGGGAUGCGACUUUGAGAAAGGCAGUCAACCUGUCACUUCAUUAUGUUGCAAUCGAAUUUCCUGCAACAAGAAGAAUGACCCGACAGGAGAGCUUUUGCUGCUAUAUGCCCCAUAAACAUCAUAUGUAGAGAAUUAGGGAGCUUCAGUAUUCUAUGGAAGUUGGGGAACAUAGUCUUUCUCCCAAGUCUACCUUAACUUAUCCGGAUCAAUAUCAAUAUCUGGGCAACUGCUCACCUACCCCUCCCCUAACCCAACAUUAACCCUGACUUGUUAUCAAUUGACUGUUCUUGAGUUAGGGGAGGGGUAGGUGGGCAGUUGCCCAGAUACUGAUAUUGAUUCGCUUAUCCUUUAUCCCUCCUUUCUACCCCUCCUCAGUCACUGUAUUUUUUCAAAUAAGUGCCCAUGCUCUAAUACCCUCCCCCACAUAAGAACCCUCUCCCAAGCCAUUAAAAGUUGAUCAAGGGUCCCCCUUGUAUGAACUCCCUCUCUUCUCCCCCCCCCCUCAUUUCUUCCCUAACUUUCCUAAAUAUUAAGGAAACAAGGAAAACCUUUUUUCAUUGCCACCUUAUUUAGGCCAAUUUAAACUUGAACUACAAGGGAAUCAGAAUGGGAGAAUAGUUUCCUAUCAGUUAAAUUCACUUCCAGUUAUUUCCUCCUCCAUGUGCUUGCAGAGUUCCUUCAUAUGCAUCUCUCAGUUUUCAUCGUAUUAUUGCACUUAGUUAAUAAGCACCCUCCUCAAUUAAGUGCCCUCCUUUCAAUAAGUCGCCAUUCCUUUAGCCAAAGUUUUGAAGAAUCAACCAGGUGCUUAUUUAAGGGAAUACAGCAUUAUAUUGUUUUGAACCACUUCGUUGUUUAAAAUAUUACGUAUUAACUGAAGGUAACAGAUGUCUACUUCAUUUGCUGUUUAAAGGAAAUUAUUUCACACUUAGAACUUAAAAUUUCCUUGAAAGGGAUCUUUUUUCUUUACUUGUAGAAUAUUUCCUCUUGAAAAAUAGUUUACAUGACCAGUGCAAAUUUUUUUGCUGGGCUUCUGGCUGUACAUCAAUUGUAACUGGCAAGAUUUUUUGUCCUUAGUCAAAACUUUGGUCCAUUACUAACCUUAUCUUGGUAUGUGACCCCCUUUCAAACUCUCCUUUCUCUUGGGUCUUUCACAAUAGUACCCCUAAAAUCUUCUCUAUAGUGCUGGGGGAGGGGGGGGGGGUGAAGGGGGUUGUAGAGAACCAAGAAAUGAGUCAAGCUCUCAACUGUAUCAGUUGCUUUAUGUCUCUCUCAGAAACUUAAAGAGGAAUAACAAGGAAGGACAUUUGAAAGGAAUUUUUCACAAAAGCAUUCCCACCAAACAACUCUACAUACAAUGUUUGUUUAGUUUCUUUUUUCUUUUCUUUUCUUUUUUUCACUUUUUAAAGUUUCUUCUCUGGGCACACAAAAGACGUUAUUGCAUGCCGUGAUGCAGGAAAUCCCAUUCACAGCUUAUUUCUACAGUGGUGAGUAACUUCUUGUGUCAUAGUGUUUAGGAGUGAAUUCUUAUAACUGUUCUAUUGACAGUGCUAAAGAUAUGAGCUAGUUUUAGGUUUAAGUAUGGUAUUUUUGAAGGUCUUUGGGGGAAUUAAAGAAGUUUGAAAAGGUGACAAAAUUCGAACUUCAUAAACAUAGUUUUGCUUCAAGACCUUCUUUACAAGGUGAUCAUUUCCCUUUCUCUUGUGACCUUAAAGUGUGUUUCAGGGAUGAUAUUGAAAGGAGAAAUUAGAUGCUAGUCACUCUUAGGGGUUAAAGGGUUAAGUACUUUGGUAAAUGUGAUUUUAUAUUCUAGAUCAUAAAUAAAUUUUGAGUUUAGGUUGACUUAAUGGCAAAUUAAUUUUAUAUUUUUAACUAAAUUAUUUUUAUGAUUUGACUGUUCUUUUUUUUUUAUACAGGCAUAUCGAAUAUGGUGCAAUUUUUGUGUGUUGGUUUAUGCAUUUCCCCUUUAUUGUAAUAACUGAUCCAGAGAUGGUGAAGGUACUUGUUGAGAAAAUGUAACACAUUAUAAACUUAUACAGCCAAUAAAUAGGUAUUACUAUUGAGUUUUUAAACAGACUCCAAAUUAAGUUUGAAGCUUGAAGUCGAUUUUAACUUCCACAAUGAUUUAGUUGAAUAGAUUAAUUUCAGUUCAACUUAUACAGUUUACCUGAAACAAAUUGAUUUGAGUUUCAUAAUAGUAUAUAUUGGAAACUAAAUAAUCUGGACAAAAAAACUCUUUGUAAUUAGGCUCCUUGAAACGCAAAUGUGGAAGGUGUGAUAAUUUUUGUGAUUUUGGUGUUUUGAAUCAGGUAUUUUGUGCUUUCCCAUGUCUUAAUUAAGGAAUACUUCUGAAGCUUUUUUCUGUAAUAUCCAGGAAAUAUAACAAUUUCCAAGAAUUACUAGUCAUUCAUCAGUAAAAAUACAGUGAUUAAUGUUGAUUUUUAAAUGUACAUUUACUUAUGCAUGGAAACAAAAAUUUAAAGGUGUGUGUAUUAGAGAGUUAUUUUUCACCUUUGGUUGAUUUUUCAAGCUUGACCUCUGUGCAUAGCUUUGGAUGUCUUUCAGAUUGUAGGCCAGAAAAUUGUUUUUUCUUUCAAUUUUUCAUAGGACAUUCUUGUUACCUCUAACCUCCCAAAGCACUUCUUAGCCUAUACUGCUCUUGGCUAUCUCUUUGGGCAAAGGUAAAUGUACUUUAUGUGAACCUGUUAAAGUUUGUUUAGAAUUUCAUAGGUACACUCCCAGACAUAAUUAGUCGAGACACCACUUCUCCUGAAUAAUGUGUAUGAUAAUGAGAGCACAGUAAAGAAAUAAAGAAAGAUGUUUUUUGUCUUGUCACAAGCAUGGGACAAAGAAAAAAAUCAUGACAUCCCAUGAGGAAUUAAACCUCAGAUUUUCAAAUUCUGUGUUCCAAUGCUCUACCACUAAGCCUAAGAGACUCUAUGAUGAGCGAGGCCCAUUACAAAGUUCAUAUAUAGGAUCAUAUAUAGUAGGAUAGUGUGACAAAAGUUUAAGGGGCAAGGUCUAGUGUUCUUGCUCAUAAACUUGAUAUUUUACUGGGAAUAGUUUCCACCAAGUCUCACAGGUCUUGAAGUUUUGGUAUUCGCAAAACCAUCUUGCCACUACUGCUUAAGUAUAGUGUUCAUUACUGCAAAGAUCACUUGGUUGAUUAUGACAAAUCUGGGCUGGUUUCAAGAUGAAAAGUUGUGCGUUUAAACUGUACUGGCCAAGUUCACCAUGUUGUAUUCUUAGCUUUACUGUCACAGCACAUCUCUUUACCCAGAACUACAAAAUUAGAAGGUUGAUGGUAAUUUUGCAUCUUUGGGUGGAGGAGGGGGGCGGGGUAGGGCGCAGGGGCAGGGGGCAGGGUUAACCUGUCACAGAGUGGUGUCCCAUCCAAGAGGGAUGGUGUUACUUCUGGUUGCCACAGAACUGGGUAAGACAUAGGUAGCACAUGUGAAUCAGUUUUGUAUGAAGACUUUUUACAUGUGAAGUCAAUGCUGUGAUAUUUACAAUAAGAUUGGCUUUGGGUGACCUGUAGUGAAGCCCUUUUCACCAUAAGAUGUGCAUUUUUUCAGAUUUCUUGGUAAUGGUCUGGCGACCAAUGUGAAUAAUGAGGCCUGGAAACAAAGACGUGGCAUUAUGAACCCAGCUUUUCACCGCAAGUAAGUAUGGAUAGUUAAGUAGCAGGAUCUAAUUUUCUGGAAACUUUGGGAGUUUGUCAACCCUUUUACUGGGAUCUAAAUAUCAGUUCCCCACAUUGUCUGCCAUACCUCUAAUAAUUUUAGCUUCAAAAAAUAUGGUGCUAAAUCAAACCAUAUGGAUACCCCCUUCUGAACAUUUUCCUUUCUUCUCAUAACUUUUUUGGGUGAAGGUCUAGUGAUAUUGAAAGGAGAAACUCCUUUUUGAUCAUCCUUGGAGGUGAAAGGCUAGAUUAUGGCUUGCUUUUCAUAAGGUCCACCUAAAUCACUAUGACAAUUAAUACAUUUGCUGCUAAGUUAUUAUCAAACUUUUUUAAAACAAGCUGGUUUUAGUAUUAUCAUGAGCUUUGUACUGAUAUGUUUAGAAAAAGAAUCUCAAAAAUAUAUAGAAAAGCAAUGCUUGUAUUGUUAGUUUUGCAAGUAUUAAUUGUGAAUACUUUUGGUUUUGUAUAUACCAGUAAUGAUGGUGUUAGAGAAAGAUGUUUUUUGUCUUGUCAUGAACAUGGAACAAAGAAAAAAUUUUUAGUCCACAUAAUUGAACUUCAGACCUUCGCAUUCCGUGCUCUGUCUAAUGCCCUACCACUGAGCCACAAGGACUCUAUGGUGAGCGUGCAAGGCCAAAAUAAAGUCAAUUUAUGAUUCCUCAUGUGAACUCAGAAUUGUUUUCUUUGUCCCAAGCUCAUUACAAGAUGAAAAAAAACAUAUUUGUCUAUUUCUUUACCAAGCUCAAAAUUGGUCAUCUUUCAUAUUCUAUUUAAUAAUGUAGGUUUCUUGCUGCUACAUUCCUAGAUGUACAGUGAAGAACUUACAUUUAAUUUUCCUGAGAUGUAAUACGCAUAUACUUCACUCUAUCCUGCUUAAAUCAUUUUCUCACUGACAGGUACCUUAAAGAUUUGAUGAGUUCUUUUAAUGCCACAGCUGAUCUCCUCAUCUCUCAUCUGGGCAAAAUGGCCGAUGGGAAAACAGAAGUUUGCAUACUUGAACAGUUUGGUCAUGCAGCUUUAGAUAUCAUUUGUAAGGUAACACCUGAGCUGGCCUUGUGUAGUAAUCGUGUCAGAGCGCAUUUCAAUCAAGCAUUUUGAAAACGAAACUAAACUAACCAUAGCAGCCAAUCAGAUCAAAGAGAAUUUUUCAUAAUGAACCAAUGAUAAAUCAGACAGAUUCAUGCAGGGGAAAUUAAAACGUAACAUACUUAAUAACCUCCUUUUUUAGAUUUUAAGGAAAGGCUUGAAGGGAUUAUUACUUGGCUAGAAUAUCAACAGUUAUUUUCCAAAUAUUAGGGUGUGUUUCGACCAAUCAUUGAACAUUAUGCCGGCAUAAACAGGCGUUAUGCGUAAAUCAUCUCACUUCUACAAGAUUUGUGAUUAUCAUAAUUCCUGUCCACUCAUCAGCAAGAUGUACAUACUGUCUUAACGGUGUGUUUGAGUGCCAAUAAAUUUCUUUUUGUAGUUAAACUACAAAGCAUAAACAAUUAGACGCCAAACAUGUUGUCAUGGACACAUCUUUUGCAGUUUUCAGAAAUAGUCGGAAUAUCGUUUCAGGAGGUCGACGUGGUAUUUUUGAAUAUCUAGUUGAUGAAUAGCUGAUGAUGAAUCUUUUUGAAUAUCAAUUGAUAUCGGUUCAUGCAUCAGGAACAUGUUGAUAUAAAUUGCCUCCGCGGGCGGAGAAGCGCAUGUCCUGUGGCGCGAAAAAUAAGGGUCUACUCUUAGGCUAGAGGAAAACGAUAAAAAAUAUCUGCGAGCAUGAGUUUCUGGAGAGUUACUUUGUUAUUUUUUUAAUGGUUAAAGGAGCAUCUUCUUUUUCAAUUCUUUGUCGUUAUGUAGGUUGCUUUUGGCAUGGACGUAGAUGUUAUGAGCGGAAAGGAUACGACAUUUAGAGAUGCAGUUUCUCUGAGCUUUGAAGGAGUUCACGUUUCACAAAUGAACCCUUUUCACAAGGUAUUUAAUUCGUGUUAUUGGGCCAUAUAGACUAAUAAAUCAAUAAAUAAAUUAAUACAGCGCUCCAAGCUGCCACCAUCUUAGUUAGGGGUAGGUGCGCAGUUGCUUAGAUACUGACAUUGAUCCCAGUUUAUUUUAACCCGUGCUACAUCAACGCAUCUACUCUUUGGUUUGUUCAAAUUUUUUUAGUGGAACGUUUUCCAAUAUCUAUACCAAUGGCGCGUGGUAAAGGCAGUAAAAUUUUUGCGUGAAACUGGAAGGAAAGUGAUUGAAGCGAGAAAGCAUGCCAUGGCAAGAGGAGAAGAGGUCCCUGAUGAUAUAUUACAACGAAUUAUUCAACAGCAAGGUGUUUAAUCAGUCUCUCAGCCACUCAGUUGCUAAGUCACUCAGUCAGUCAGUGAGUAAGUAAGUCAGUCAGUCAGUCCGUCACUCACUCACUCAGUUAGUCAGGCAGUCGGUCGGUCAGUUGGUCAGUCAGUCAGUCAGUUAUUAACUCAUUCAGUUGGUCAGUCAGUCAGUACAGAAGGUCAGUCGGUCAGUCAGUCAGUCAGUCAGUCAGUCAGUUGGUUGUUGCAGUCAGUCAGUCAGUCAGUCAGUCAGCCAGCCAUUCAGUUAGUCAGUCAGUUGGUCAGUCGGUUAGUUAGUCAGUCAGUUAGUUGGUCAGUCCAUCAAGCCAUCAGUCAGUCAGUUAGUCAGUCAGUAAGGCAGUCAGUCAGUGGGUCAAUCAGUCAGUCAUUCAGUCUGUAAGUCAGGACAGUCGGUUGGUUUAGUCAGUCAUUCCGUUGGUCAGUGAGUUAGUCAGUCAGUCAGUCAGUCGGUCAGUUAGCGGGUCAGUUGGUCGGUCUGUCAGUCAGUCAGCCAGUCAGUUAGUCGGUUAGUCAGUCAGUUAGUCAGUCAGUCAGUUGCUUAAUAAGGCAGUCAGUCAGUGGGUCAGUCUGUCAUUCAGUCAGAAGUUAAGAUGGUCAGUUAGUUUAGUCAGUCAGUCGGUCAGAUAGCAGGUCAGUCGGUCUGUCAAUCAGUCGGUCAGCCAGUUUGUCAGUCAGUCAGUCAGUCAACCAGUCAGACAGUCAGUCAGUCAGUCACUCAGUCAGUUGGUCAAUCAGUCAGUCACUUAGUCAGCCAGUCAUUUAGUUGGUCAUUCAACCAGUGAGUGUAUCAGUUAGUCUGAUAAAUAUUCUUUUAUCUAUUGAAUUUUCUAGAAUCAGUUCCAAACUUCGACAUUGAGGACAUGUUGGAUGAUUUCGUUACUUUCUUCAUUGCUGGUAAGACACGUUACACGUAAAUGUGAAAAAAAAAACCCUCCCUAUCUCUCCACGCAGCAGUCGCAUAUUCUUAAUGUUUAUUAACUAUUUUCAUUAUCAUUUUUCAAGGUCACGAAACUACAGCCAGUUUGUUAAGCUUUUGUGUUCUUGAGCUGGGAAAUCAUCCGGAGAUAGUUGACAGGUAAGACUUAAAGACCAACCAAUUUUGAGGGGAAGGAAACCCCGGGGGUGGCUGGUGACUUGCGCGGGGGCUACGGGGGUAUUGGUAGUUAUACGAAAGUUGAUGUGACCGUUAAGUUGAAUUGUCGAAUUUUAAGCCAAGGUAAUUUUGAACCCCUGAACAUUUCUCUUGUUGAACACCCCUCAAGUUGCCGUACACCAUUAAAAUGUAACACGACAUUUGCCUUUUUCCCCUCCAUGCGGCUUCAGAGUUUGAAAAGCUUGUAAAAUUCAAAGAUGAAAUCAACGUUGUCGCAGUGCAUGUCGAUAACUCCCUGAACGUACACAAUCAUCUGUUCCCGUGUUUAUAUACGUUUAUAUACUGUGGCUGAAUGGAUUGAGGGUGUUGAAAGACGUGCACUAUCAGGUCGGAAACCUCAACAAAACAUGUAGCGUAAAAACCUGAGUUUUAGGAGUUUUCUUUCUGAAUUUUCGUUAAAUUUUAGUUUGUCUGUGGGAAUGUCACAGACAAACUACGUCCCAUCGUAAUCUUUUUUUUUCUUGUCUAGUUUGUUGGAAGAAAUACAUGAUGUUCUGGGACCUAAACAGCAUGUUGCGUUUGAUGACCUGGCCAAACUCAAACAACUCGGGCUGGUAACGCUUCUUUUUUUGUUAACCUUUUUUGAACCGGAAAAAGAAAACACACAGAUGCUAGUGAAUUCACCAGACUUUUACCGAUUGCAAUAACUCUGCCUCUAUGAGAAAGAAAAAUAGGAAGAAGGAGGAGGCAGGCCCACAAGAACUAGGUGCUCUUUAAAACUGCGAUCUAAGACGGAUUUCAACACUCUCCCUGACAAUGUGACAGACAGGAAAGGGAAAUACCUCGAACACGAACGAGUGUUAGGGUCACAGUGGUCCGUCUAUACAUUCGUUAAGGAUCGUUGGUUUUUCUCUGCAACCUUAAAUUUCCUCAGUUUUUGGGUUAAAUAUUUCAUGGCUUGUAGCCACAGUUUAGAUGUAUUUUUUUUAGUGUAUUUUCUGAAAUUCUCUGGCGAAAUUGCCCGCAAACAUAGAAGAGAAAUAAGUCAAAUCGAAAACCGCAGAGCUUAACGACAAGUGGCAGUACUUUCCUAGAUACCUCUCAACAAUCUUCAAUUUACUCUCAAAAGUAAUCCUGAAUUGCAUCGCUUUUCCAUUUCUUCGAGCUUUGAUUGGUCGAGAAACUUGCACCACCCUCUCAACCAAUGAGAUACAAAACUAAAACCAAACACCACUCUUUCACACCUGUUUUCCCGUGCUUAAACUGUUCACUGCUUGUCUUUGCUCUGAGUUCUCAUUAGGUCCUAGUAACAUCGUCCUUUAUUCUUAUUAGUCGUAGUGAUUGCUUUAGUUUUGUUUCUCGAGUCUCGGUCGAAAAGCGCGGUAUUAAACGUAAAGGUAAAGUUAGUUAGUUAAUAGCACUUCCUUUUUAAACUUUUUUUUUAUGACUAUGUUGUCAACAUGAUUUAUGAUGAUGUGUAUCCGCCACAGAUCAUAACCUCGACUGCUUGUUAUUUAUAAUAGGUACUAAAGGAAACUUUACGACUAUACCCUCCAGCAGCUGCUGGUUCACUACGUAUGUGUGAAAAGGAUGCAGAAAUUGGAGGAUACAAAAUACCUGCUAACGUUCCUAUCAUGGUACAGUAUUUUUCCAUAACGCGGUUUGUUUUCAUCUUGGAUGUCUGUUUGACUUUGUGUCUGUCUUUAUGUCAGUUUACUUAGCUUUACUUGUCUGUCUGCCUGUCUGUCUGUAUGUCUCUGUCUCUGUUCCUGUCUCUGUCUGUCUCUGUCACUGUCUCUAUAUCCGUCUCUAUCUGUCUGUCUGUCUGUUAGUUUGUAGGUUUAUUGUUUGUUUGUUUUAUUUUUUUUUUGCUUUUUUUUUUUGCAGUUUCUAACGUAUGUUCAAUCUUGCAAUUGUUUUCUGUUAACGCAAAUUUCAAAUUUACUUCAGACUGUUCUGUUGCUCCUUCCCCUUCUGUUGACGAGAAUCGGCCAUCAUCUCAAUUUUCGUAAUUUUCGUAGCUUUUACACAGGGUUAUUUGGCUCAUGAGCGGUUUUGCAAACCGUGUGCAGCAUGUAUAUUUCACAAUCGACAGAAUGAGCUAACACAGCUCAGAACACCAUGUCAAAUAUUCUCUGUCAAAUUUUCAAAGUCAAUUUUGAUCAGGAUUAUUCCUUUUCUACGUAAAUCAAUUAGUAAAAACAAUGACCGCUUCAGUGCUGCACUAUUUGAGUUGUGCAAUUUUUUCUUCAAGGCUCUUCAAUUUUUUAGAACAAACUUGUCAUUACGAUCUCUCCUUUUACUCCCCCAAAAGAAAUAGAAUUUGCUUCUUGAAUUCUAGUUGAGUACCUUUGCCAGCAGCCGAUCUCCUAAGUACUGGACUAAGCCAGAGGAAUUCAAUCCUUACAGAUUUGACGAUGAAGAACAAUUGAAGAGGUAUAUAGUGCUACUCUUUACGGGCUGGUUAGUUGUAUUCGCUCAUGCAAACCGUUACGUGACCUUUGACUCGAAUACGCUUGUGCGAUUAAGCGAGAACCUAUCCACAAUUCUUUUCUUGGGUGUAAUGCUCUAUGUACGUCAUUAGGACCUACAUUAUAUAAGCGAAAGGAACUAUGGAAAACUAGGGUAAACUGGCCAUGUUGUUGUAAGAAGCGUGCUUUGAUGGAAGUUGUGUUCAGAGUCAAUGCUAUUGUUUUUUUAGUCAUCCGACCCCAAACAGCACAUUGUGUAGGACCGCCAUUUGCAAUAAAAGGUUGAUUCGAAUGCGAGAGUUACAGUCGUUCGUGUUAGUUUUUAAAAAGGACUCCUGUCGCUGAAAAGUGAACAUGACAAGCGAGGUUUCUUAUGACAGGACUUAAAAGCUUCAAGGAUUAAUUUUCGCCUCAUACAACGACCACAGUAACUUUGUCAAUAUUUCACCCACGGGCAUUAUCUCCUAUAUACAACGUAACUGUAGGUAUCUCAAAUGAAAAAAGGAACUUCAAACUAAUGUAUGAAGAAUUUUGUUUUUUCCAAUGCCGCAUUUAGUUCUCAUUACAAUUACUUCCCGUUUUCACUUGGACCCCGGAACUGUAUCGGACAAAACUUUGCACAGGUAAGGCAACUAGGGAGUAUUCAGUAAAGUGGGGUGGGGCCAGUGAUCCACUUUUCUUUUUCCAUCUAUUGUACUUGUAAAACAAUUAGGCACACCUACUUUUGGUAGUACCCCCUCCCUAAGGGAGGAUCCCGUUUCUGUCCCAGUGCGCGUUGCAAAUCAUUUUUCAAGAGGAUUUUGUAAGCUGGAACAGAACAACCCGACCUGUAUCAAAAAGGGGUUGGUGGUAAGAAUUGGUUUUGAUCUCUACAUUACCUUGUUCUUUUUUAAAUUGGAUCAAUAUCAGUAUCUGGGCAACUGCCCACCUACCCCUCCCUUAACUCAACAACAGUCAAUUGACAACAAGUUAAGGUUAAUGUUGGGUUAAGGGAGGGGUAGGUGGGCAGUUGCCCAGAUACUGAUAUUGAUCCUUUAAAUUGUAGAGUGACAAGACAGAGAGCAAUGUAAAUAAUAAUAAAUUUUAUCAAACGAUUUUCGACAUAUUAUCUUCACACCAAUGAACAGGAGAGUUUAUUUCAUGAUGCUUUUUUUCCUUUGAAUUUGCCAUUAAACAGAUCGAGGCCAAGGUUUUGUUGUCACGCUUCCUUCAGACGUUCAAUUUUUCUUUGGUACCUGGCCAAUCACGCGAUGUUCAUGAAAGAGUCACGCUUCGACCCAAGGAUGGCGUUAUGUGUACUUUGACGAAGCGAAAUUAACCUACUUAUCGAUCUCUCGCUAUGAUGGUUCGGAAGUAGCUCCCAGAAAUUCCUGUUGUGAAGAAAACGGGUCCUUCAAUGAAAUUGCUGCAUAUAAAGCAUAUUUUGAUUAUCAAGAAAGACUUAGGACAUCUCUAAUUAGUAGCAACAAGUAAUAAUUUCGCGUGUUUUUACAAUGUUUUUACAAAGUUUUGUGAAAUAACUAGUUCAGAGUGCUUGAAAUAAAUGAAAAUGCUACGUCAUUAAACGAGC